AUGUCUGCAAACGUACAAUCCACGAUUGAGACCCUCAAAAGCACUUUUGGUGAUCGUGUUAUCACGCCGGCUGCCGCAUCCUACGAAGCUUCAACCAACCAGCCAUGGUCUCAGAGCUGCUGGAGCUCUGCUGGAGCCUAUGUCAAAGUAGAGAGUGCCCAGGAGGUUGCCGACGCUCUUGCCAUCAUCAAGCAGACAGACACCAAGUUUGCCGUCCGAUCUACCGGCCACAACUUCAACCCGGGAUUUAGUAGCUGUGAUGAGACCGGGAUUGUGAUUGAUCUUAGCUCACUCCAGAGCCGUGAGAUCAGUGUCGAUCGGAGCACCGCUCAUAUUGGGGCUGGGAACCGCUGGGGCGUAGUCUACGAAUGGCUCGAAGAGAAUGGCCUGUCGGUGAUUGGUGGCCGUGAUUCUUCCGUUGGCAUGGGCUUUCUUAUCGGCGGUGGCAUGGGCGCUGUGCCCAACCUUCACGGUCUGGGCGCUGAUGGUAUCAGGAACCUUGAGGUGGUUUUGUCUGAUGGAAGAAUUGUCAACGCCAACCAUCAAGAGAAUCCCGACCUUCUCCAAGCACUCAAGGGCGGUGGUACUAAUUUCGGUAUUGUCACCAAAAUCGAUCUCUUUACACAUCCCUUGAUUAAGCUACAAUAUAAUAUCACUCUUUACAACCCUGAUAACUACGUUGAGAUCAAUAAAGCUACUGUCAAGAUCCAACAAGAAAUGGAGAAGGAUCCCAAGAUCGGGAUGUUCACAAACUACAAUUCCGCAUUUGUCGCCGUUGGACUCAUCUAUGCGGACACUCCCGAGAAGAAGCCAGAAGCCUUCGAAGCAUUUGAUUUGCUGUCUGCGAGUGAUGCCAAGAUUAGCAUGGCAUGCGAAACGACCAAUGGCACCUUGCUUUCACUUGCGAAGGUCAUGUCGCACCCGGCUAUCAAUCUGAAGUAUGACAGCUUGACUCUUCCCUCUCAAACCUUUAACAGACGCUAUGUCGGCACCUUGACCACAGGCUUCUCAGAGGAGCUUUAUACAAUAGCUUACAAUGCCUGGAGAGGGGCCCUCAAGACGCUUCCUGAGGGUGUGAUGCUGCACUUUACAAUCCAACCCCUUGGGCCAGAGUGUGUUGCAGCCGGCGAAGCGAAGGGUGGAAAUAUUAUGGGCCUGGACAAGGUUUCUCAAGUCUGGUGGGUGUUUACCGUUGAGUGGCCACAAGAGGGCAGCGACGAGGCCUCCCAAAAGGCCGUCGACUCGUGCAUUGAUGCUCUCACAGCAUCCGCCAAGUCUCAAGACUUGCUACUGAACUAUCUCUGCGCGAGCUUUGCAAACCUGAACCAGGAUGUGAUCCACAGUUAUGGUUUAGAGAACUUGAAAAAGAUGCAGGAAGUGUCCCGCAAAUACGACCCCGAACAAUUUUUCCAGAAACUACAAAACAAUGGAUUCCUUCUUCGUGACGCUUAG